AUUGUCAUUUUACAGAGCCAGUGACAAAACUUUUCAAACGCCCCACGUAACUGUAUCUAAUGGUUUGGCUUUCAGGUGGAUUGAAAGUGAAGAAGUAAAUUCCCUUUUCAAAUGGUUGAAUCCAAAUAGGAAGGCUCUUUCUGGAAAAAUUUUGAAUGGUGCAUCUUUUAAACAUAAUCAUUGGAUAAAACAGCAAGCAUCCAAUUUGUCCUAA